ACCAGCAACGCCAACUCCCACAUCCAAGGGCGCUGCCAUCACCAUGGCCCUUGCAUUCCAGCCGACAAGCAGUGUCCACUUUGAAAAUACUCGCCUGGCUUCUUUGGAGAUGAAGCACUGAUAUUCUGCCCUCGACAAGGACUGGAGCACCAUGGGCAGUGCGACGCUUGCCGACGACGACGCGCCCGUGGGGCCCAAAGCCACGGGCUCGUCCUACAACAGCGCCCCCUCUGGACACGGUUUACGCCGCGCAUUCACUCUCGACGAGGCUCGCAAGCGGCCGUCGUUCCAUGCGCCCCCCGAUGAUGCCACGAGAUCGCGGCGUCGGAGCUCCAAUUUCACAGAUUACAGUCUCGGCGAGGCACGCGACAUCUUGAACCCGCAAGCGAGAGAAGGGGAGAUGCCUGCGUCGGACAGCUCAUCACUGGCAACCAUAUCGAUCGCCGUUGCGCUUCUGCCGGCGAUAGCAGGCGCCCUCUUCAAGGAUGGAAGUGCUUUCAUGACAGAUUUGAUGCUGCUGGCGCUGUCCGGUGUCUUCCUACACUGGUCGGUCACUCAGCCGUGGAAGUGGUACCAUACUGCUCAAGAGGUCCGUGUGGAGCAUGAACAGAGCGCCGAGGCUGCCGUAGAAGACAGCGAUGCCGACCUGGACGCCAGCUCAGGGGGCGAGGGGCCCCUCGAGGAUGUGCCGGAGGAGGGGGAUGAGAAGGGGUCGCCGUCGAGCAACGACAAGCUGCCGCAACCGGUAGGCCUGACCACGGAGCAAAAGUCUGCGUUGCGCGAGCUAUACGUCUACGAGACCUCGGCGUUGCUCUCGUGUUUCGCCAUGCCUCUUCUGGCCGCCUAUCUCCUUCACGCUCUUCGCACCCAGCUCAGUCGACCCUCCGAGGGCCUCGUGUCCAACUACAACCUGACCAUCUUCUGCAUGGUGUCCGAAGUACGCGCCUUCUCACACAUGUUCAAGCUGGUACAGUCGCGGACAUUGCACCUGCAACGCGUGGUCCAAAAGACGCCCUACGCCUCUGCACCCUCAGCAACAAGCACCCGCAUAUCGGAGCUGAUGACGCGUCUGGAACGGUUGGAGACACAGAGCUCGUCUCUCCAAGAACCCGAAAAGGAAGACGCAACGAAGACAGCAGAUACUUGGAAGCAGGAGGCGGCCAUGAUCCGUCAAGUGCGUAACGGCAUACAGCCCGAUCUCGAUGCGCUCAACCGUGCCGUGCGACGGUAUGAGAAGAAGGCUACGUUGCUGCAAAUGCAGACCGAGUCGCGUUUCACGGCCAUGGACGGCAGGUUGGAGAAUGCCAUUGCACUGGCGGCCGCAGCGGCGAAGAAUAGUGCGACCUCACACAGAAGCUUUGUGCGACGCACGAUGGACACCAUCGCUGCGCUGACACUGUUUCCUCUGAAUCUGCUUCUCACUGUCCUUCUCCUACCGCUCAAGGCUGUGCUAUUUUUGGUCAACGGGAGGAAAAGGGACAGAGAGCAGGCAUUGCAAGGGAGAUACGGGCGUCAGGGACGAAGUGGGAAAGCCAUUGGCCCGACCAGGUAUAAUGGCGACCGUGUGCCAACACGGGUGGCAGCGAAGCGAUGAUGGCCAA